AUGGGGAACGGCAGCGCCCCGGGGAACGGCAGCGAGCCCCCGCCGCCCCCUCCGGGGGGCCACAACGUCGCCGCCCUGGUGCUGGGCAUCGUCCUCAUCCUCCUCAUCGUCGGAGGCAACGGGCUGGUGUGCCUCAGCGUCUGCACCGAGCGGGCGCUCAAGACCACCACCAACUACUUCAUCGUCAGCCUCGCCGUCGCCGACCUGCUGCUGGCCGUCCUCGUCCUGCCCCUCUUCGUGUACUCCGAGUUCCAGGGAGGCGUGUGGUCCCUCAGCACUGUGCUGUGCGAUGCCCUGAUGACCAUGGACGUGAUGCUGUGCACGGCCUCCAUCUUCAACCUCUGUGCUAUCAGCGUGGAUCGGUUUAUUGCUGUUUCAGUCCCGCUGAACUACAACCGGCGACAAAUCGACUUGCGGCAGUUGAUCCUCAUCUCCACCACCUGGAUAUUCGCCUUUGCUGUGGCAUCCCCAGUCAUAUUUGGCCUCAACAACGUUCCAAACCGGGACCCCAGCUUGUGCCAGCUGGAGGAUGACAACUACAUCGUGUACUCCUCCAUCUGCUCCUUCUUCAUCCCUUGCCCCGUCAUGCUGGUGCUCUACUGCGCCAUGUUCCAGGGACUCAAGCGCUGGGAAGAAGCCAGGAAGGCCAAGCUACGGGGCGGCAUCUACGGGGGCAACAGAAAGCUCUAUCAGCCCUCACCCUUUAUCGAGAGGGAGCAGGCUGGACUGGAGCCAGACGAGUGCAACCCUUACUCUCACUCUGAGCACCCCCUGCCUGGGGACUAUGUGAUGAACAACGGGGUGCAGACUGUCUCCUACCCGCACCUCAAGUACCCACCCCCAGAACACAGUCGGAAGCGGGCCAAGAUCAAUGGUCGGGAGCGGAAGGCCAUGCGGGUGCUGCCUGUCGUCGUCGGUGCUUUCCUCUUCUGCUGGACGCCUUUUUUUGUGGUCCACAUUACACGGGCUCUCUGCAAGUCCUGCACCAUUCCCACGCAAGUCACCAGCACUGUCACUUGGCUGGGUUACGUCAACAGUGCCGUCAACCCCAUCAUUUACACUGUUUUCAACGCUGAGUUCAGGAACUUCUUCCGCAAAGUCUUGCACCUGUUCUGCUGAGCCCACUGGAGCUGGGAGAAGGAGCGACCAGGACUUUUUGUAUAGUUCAUUAAAGAUCUAUUUCUGCCUAAGGUUUGCUGUCUUUGUUGGGGAGGAGGGAAGGAGGAGAGAUGGCAGCUAUGGGAUGCUGAUUCCCAGCCCUGUGUGUCCCCUGCAAGGAGUUACAGGUAAGUACCAGUGGAUACAGCUGGGAUACUCUCUCCACUGGCAACUGCAGGUGGAGCCACAUUUUUAACACUUGGUGUGUGACAUAAGCAGCAAGAGACACCACAAGACAGCAUGGCUGGUUCUCAGAAAAGCUCUUGCUUUGGAUUUAUCUGCCUGGGCUCCUCUUAGCUAUCACUAAACAAAAUCACACCACCCACCACCCCCAGACGUGCUCCAGGCACACAGGAGAACUUUGGAGCUUGCAGCUGCUCUGGCCUCAAGACUCGAAGACAUUCACUACCUCACCCCUGCAUGGGGGACGUCCCACCAGCUGCCAUCCAAGGGGUUCCAGUGAGGGCACCAGCCCACCCUUACUGCAGCCUGUCUCCACGGAGGCCGUGUGAUUUAAACUGUGAGGACAUGCCAGGCUCAUGUCUGCAGACAUGACUGCUGCAGCAGCGCUGAACUGGGCUGUGAGGUAACAUGGGCAGGAGCCUGUGGGGAGGAAAAACAAAGUUAAGCUGUUUUCCUAGAUGGUCACCUGCCAGAUGAGGGUGUAUAUACCUGUGUAACCUCCUUUCCCCAUACCCCUAAUAAUUUUAAAUACAAAGACUGGUUUGACUCAUGUUGGACAAGAGGAGAUUAAGGUCCUACAAAAACUGGCCUCUGCCCAAUAGUGCUAACACCCACAGGGCAGAAAGGCUGGCCCUGGCUAAAAAAUGCCAAAAUUUGGUCAGGACCUGGAGAAAUCAACUGGUCAAUGUAUCACCUAGGUAAACGCCGUGAGGUAGCACUUCUUUGUGAUCCCACAGCUCAAAGUGCAGCAGGGAGUUGUGCAGACAGCUCCCGUCUCCAGUGGCCUUUCCUACCACACGAGGAAGAGGAGCAUCGCAUCGCUCAUCCCUCCCUGCAGGCAGCAGCGCUGGGCUGCUGAGUCCUGACCACGACUGCCGGCUCCCAGCUGCCAGCUCACAAAACAAUGUUCUUGCCUUGCUCGUCAUCCUAUUUUCCCCACUUGGACAUGGUGACUUUGCACUCAGGCUGCUGGAGCAGAGCAUGCAAAAGUCUGAAUGGGGAGAAGAAUCUUAAGUUUCUUGGAAGAGUGCGUGCGGCUGCCUGGUAUUAAUUUUAGAUUUACACAUCCAAAGGCACAAUGAUGCUAUUGCUGUUACUCACCAGGAAUUAUCCAGAAUUUCUCACUGAGCUGAACAAUACCUGCCAGGAACCAUUUCCAGCCUGCUGAAAAAUCUUUUCUCCCUUUUGGUAAACCUGAGCACAGUGACACCACGGGUAGCCAGAGGGAGUAGACAAUGCCGCUCUCUGCGGCACAGGAGGAAGAAAAUGAUUAUCGCACAAAACAACAAUCUUCUGACUAAUGAUUUUUGUAUAGGGUUCUUGCUUUCUAAGGGGUAAUUUGUUUGCUUAGAAAUAAAAGGAAGAAAGUACU